ACACUCAACCAAUCGACACCACCAGUCUCUUGGAAUAUCUUUGGACUCAAUGCUGCGCAGUCAUUGACUAACCGACCUCUGUCAAAACAACCCGACGCCGAAACUGGCUGAUCUUGCUGAGGCAUUUUCCACUCCGCACCGCACAAACGACGCUCGCGAUAGCGGCUACCAUACAUACAACACCACCAAGUUGGCGGGGCCUAAAGAUCUAGCCUUCUCUCACAUCCGACCUCUGCUCGGACCAGUUUGGUUCGUGUACGGGGGAGACGUCAAGCAACCUCCAUAACUGCGCCGACCGAGCACCCCACCAGAUUGCGACAAACGCAGUCAUAGAUCAUACAGCGAACAAAACUAGAACCGAUGGGCUAAAUAGCAGGAUCCGAGAUCGGGUUGCGAGCGUUUAGGGAUAUACCGGAGUAGGAGGACUCUUUUCCAGACCAGGGAACAUCGUACCUUGCGCCAAGUCACUCAACAGCGUUGAAACAAUAUCACAAAAACAAAGAGAACUUGUACCACAAACACCGUCACAAUGCACACUCCGCGUUCUGAGGUGUCGCAGACGCGAUACAGCACGCCCGAGCCGGACUUGGACGACCACCGAUUUCAACCAGAAAGUCUGCCUCCUGCAAACGAUGGCUACCUCAACCAGGGACGCCGAGGUACUCUGGCUAGCAUUGUGGAUGGAGAGCAGAGACCACCAGUGCCUAGACUGACUCUGCCGACUGGCGUUGAGGUCCAGGGCUCUAUCGCACGAGACUUUGAGCAGGCGAUCGAAGAUGACGAAAGAAGUAUCAAGAGCAGCAACUCUCGCCGCUCAGCAGGAAAGUUGCGAUCUCCGGACGAGGAUUGGCAUCGCGAGCGAAGAGGCACUGCAGAGCGACGAGGCUCGGUUAGUCCGAUCGCUGCGAGACGUACCACAUUUCGACGACCAGCACACAAUCGAGGCGACAAUGACUCCAUCCGAUCCAAUGCCUCGUCGGACCACUCGACUUCGCCACCAAAUUCUGUAGACGCAUUUGCGCCGGGCCCAAGACGUGGUAGAUCUGGCACAGUCAACAGCAGAGCGCCAUCCGCGCAGGCUUCGCUCCAUCGCACUGUCUCCGUCAAGUCGAAGAGGCGACCAACAUUCGGCGAAGAUGAUGCUGGUCGCAUGCGCUCUGAUGUUGCAUCUCGACGAAGCUCGGCCGCAGAGGACGUUUGCUUUCCUCCCGAAGAGCCACCGAACACAUACACAAUUGACUUCGAGGAUCUGGAGGAGUUUGUAUCGCAAACGCACACCAAGACUCCCGUCGCACAUCCUUUCAUGCCAAAGUUUACCAAGGAGACUGUGCCCAAGAAGCGCAUCUUUCCUUCUCGCGACGGCUAUUUGACAUCAGGAGGCCAGCCAGAUGACUAUUUUGUGGAUGCUGAAAGGGAUGCAAAUGUCGCUCAGACCGACGGGAAUGAGAAGCAGACUGAUCCUGACUCUGAUGAAGUCCUUCGUCAGACCGAGGGCACGAUCGAGCAGCCACUCAACCGAUGGACCUUCUUCUCAUCUGAGAUUGAUGAGACCAUUCAUGCACCUGAGCUUGGUGGUCUCUUGAUGCCUGGCGAGACUUUCCGCGACCUUUUCGAGCUUGGUCCUGAAGGCGGUGUCUGGUGGCUUGACAUGCUCAACCCAUCCGAGGAGGAAAUCUCCACCAUCUGCAGCGCCUUCCGUGUCCAUCCCUUGACUCGCGAGGAUAUCACUACACAAGAAACGCGUGAGAAGGUUGAGCUGUUCAGAACGUACUACUUCCUGUGCUUCCGCAGCUUCUACGCAUUGGACAAGACCAGCGAUGACUACCUCGAGCCAAUCAACGUCUAUGCUGUCGUCUUCAGAGAGGGACUGCUUACUUUCUCUUUCUGCCCAAACACUCACGCCACAAAUGUCCGCAAGCGUAUCGGUCGACUUCGUGACUACGUCAACCUCUCAUCCGACUGGGUCUGCUACGCCUUGAUUGACGAGAUCGUUGACUCCUUCGCUCCUGUACUGCGCGAGCUUGAGACAGAAACCGACACGAUUGAAGACUCCGUUUUCACCGCCCGCUUCGAAGACUCCCGCGCAAUGCUUCAAGGCAUCGGCGACUGUCGCAAGCGCAUCAUGGCCCUGACCCGACUCCUCGGCGGCAAAGCGGAUGUCAUCAAGAGCUUUGCCAAAAAAUGCAAUGAAGCCUACGCAGUCGCUCCCCGCGGCGACGUCGCUCUCUACCUUUCUGACGUCCAAGAUCACAUCGUCACCAUGAUGUCCAAUCUCGGUCACUUUGAAAAAAUGCUCAGUCGGAGCCAUACCAACCACUUGACACAAAUCACGCUUCAACAUACCGAGCAAGGUUCGCGUGCCAACGAGUUGUUGGGCAAGAUUACGGUUCUGGCUACGAUUCUGGUUCCUAUGAAUUUGAUCGCUGGUCUUUUUGGCAUGAAUGUUCAUGUUCCUGGUCAGGGUGUGCCUGGAUAUGGAUGGUGGUUUGGGAUUAUCGGGGUUGUGCUUACGCUUGCUAUUUGUUGUGUUACGCUUGCUAAGAGGUUGAGGUUCAUAUGACGGCCGAAGCGAAGGAGGAGGAGGGUAAUGAUUGCGUUUGGGGAUGGAAUGGCUUUCUUUUUUCUUUCUGUUUGUUGACUGUACGUACGGUGUGAUUGAUGAUCGAUUAUGUGUCUUCAGUGUUUUGUAGAAUUUGUGGUUACAGUACAUAGUGACGGCCGAGCAUUCUUGUGGCUACAUGUACAUUUCUCGCAGUAUUUCAAUUUUCAGCAGCAG